GCCUGCGCCUCCCUCUCCUGUCAGGCAUUUGAUUUCAUUGUUCCGGGCUGAUGUCACUCCCAGUUGUCACAGACGCCUCUCCGGGUGACAAUGUGGGACUAGGAGGCACAAAGGAGCCCUCCGGACGCCGCCCGCAGGUCUGUGCCUGUUCCCUACUAUUGUGCUCCAUUCAUCUUCCUACCCCGACUCCUGUCUGGCAUGGCCUACUUCUGAGCUCAGAUUGCUAUUGUGAUUUGGCUGCUUCAACAGUUCCUAAACGCCACGGGGUGUUGGUUUCCUUAGAAGCCGAUCCAUGCAUUCCUAUACUAUGGCAUCACUAGAUAGAAUGAGUGGCUCAGAUAAUGGACUUGAUGAAACAGAACUCAGUAUCACUCUCACUCUCCGGAUGCUUAUGCAUGGAAAGGAAGUUGGCAGUAUCAUAGGCAAGAAGGGAGAGACAGUGAAGAAGAUACGAGAGCAAAGUACUGCCCGGAUAACUAUUUCAGAGGGAUCCUGUCCAGAGCGGAUCACCACUAUUACAGGAUCCACUGAUGCUGUUUUUAGAGCUGUUUCCAUGAUUGCAUUCAAGCUGGAAGAGGACCUGGGCACAGGACCUACCAAUGGGAGCACUAUAUCGAAGCCACCUGUAACGCUUAGGCUAGUCAUCCCAGCCAGCCAGUGUGGCUCCCUUAUUGGCAAAGCAGGAGCCAAAAUAAAGGAAAUUCGAGAGACAACAGGAGCACAAGUCCAGGUGGCUGGAGACCUCCUCCCCAACUCCACUGAGAGAGCUGUGACAGUUUCAGGAGUGCCAGAUGCCAUCAUCCAGUGCGUGCGACAGAUCUGUGCUGUUAUCCUAGAGUCACCACCCAAAGGAGCCACUAUUCCCUAUCAUCCUGGCCUCUCCUUGGGACCGGUUCUCCUGUCAGCCAAUCAGGGAUUCUCCAUCCAAGGACAGUACAGUGGCUUGUCUCAAGCUGAAGUGACGAAAUUGCAGCAGCUUUCUGGGCAUCCUUUCUCAUUUUCUUCUUUGGGGCAAACUCCGUCUAUAGUAGCAGGGUUGGACACAAAUUCUCAGAACAGCUCUCAGGAGUUUCUGAUUCCCAAUGAUCUUAUAGGCUGCAUAAUUGGCCGCCAGGGCAGCAAGAUCAGUGAGAUCCGGCAAAUGUCUGGAGCACACAUCAAGAUUGGGAAUCAGACCGAAGGCUCUGCUGAACGUCACGUGACCAUCACAGGCACCCCAGUCAGCAUUACUUUGGCUCAGUACCUCAUCACAGCCUGUUUAGAGACGGCCAAAUCUACCUCCCAGACGCCCCCCGUUGACCUCGACAUGACCUUCUCCCAACCCCUCACUCCUUCACCAGCCCCAGCACUGGCAGCAGUGGCUGCACCUCCCCCAGCCUUGCUUGGUGCCCCCUAUGCUAUCUCCCUCUCCAACUUCAUCGGCCUGAAACCAGUCCCCUUCUUGACUCUGCCCCCUUCCUCAGCCACGGGGCACAAUGGCAGCCUUGCCACCUACACGACCAAGAUCUCCACAGCCAAUGCCACAAAGAAAGCUGAGAGACAAAAGUUCUCCCCGUAUUGAAACAGGAAUGUGGGCUUUGGGGCAGAGAGAAAAAACCUCUAGGGACCCAUCAGCAUUGGUUCACCCAAAAGAGAAACUACCUGGGGAAAGACUAAUGCAAGAGGAGAAAAGCCAUGUGUAGGAAAGCAGGAAGAUGGGAGAAAGAGCAGCCUGGACAACUGUUUAGGGCAGUGAUAGUCAACAGGUGGACAGGAAACUAGUUCUUCUCCAUAGAUUGUACCUGACACUGGCUAAAGAGAUGUUUGUGGUAGGUGAGGCCAUCUCAGUCUCAUGCUUUUACCUCUGCUGAGCAGUUGUUGCCCCACACUAGAAGGUAUUAUCUUCCUUUCCCCUAAACCAAUCUCAUGUCCUCCAGGAAGAAUUUCACUCCACCUUAUUUCCAGUUACCUAAAGAAAAGUUACCCUCCCUCCCAGUUCUUUGUGCUAUACUGAAGGAGCUGGUGAUCUUGUGAAUUUCUCUUCCAUUAUGGCAGGAGAUGGAGCUUGUUAGACUUUUGGAGAGCACUCUGGAGGAUCUGCCAUGCUGCUCUCUCUCCUGCGUUGCAUUUUUUAGUCAGAACUGGGAAAGGGGGUUGAUUGUAUAGAACUGAAAACUAUGUAGAACCUAGAAAUGACAGGACGUUCUAAUAUGAAGAGAAAUGCCAUGAUGGAACAAAGACAGGAGAGGAAUGAAUAUGAAGCCAGCCAGGUCUUACAGUUGGAUAAAAACAUAAAUGGGAAGCUUUUAUAACUGUGCAUGAGCCCUCAACACAGUGAAGGAUUUAGAGUUAUGCUUCCUCCUACCAGCAGUGAAAGAAUUCACUUUCACCUUGUUCCUCCCUAGCAGACUGGGACUAGCUCUGCAAACACAAAGAUACAUUUGGGUCAUUCUUUUGACUUUCUGAGUUGCAAAAUUAAACACUGACUACUCAUAAAUAUUCCUGGCCCAUACUUGGAAUAAAAUUUCCAGCACUGGCUACCAGUCAGCUGGUGAUCUCAUAGGAGAGUGACCUGUUCUGCCAGGUUUUGACAACCCAGAUAUUUUGCUUUCUGCUGUAUCUCAGGAACUCUAUUCUUCUCAUACAUUUUGGCAGUCAUAUCUGUCAUGCCAAUAAAGCAUCUUUGAAUUAUUUUCUGCUUUCAUGGUCUGGUGUCUAUAACAAUUUUUGUUCCUAUAACUUUUGUGACUCCGCUUAGUAAAUUCUGCCAUAUUUUGUUCUUGAAAAUGUCCCUAUGACCAUAAAGGCCCAUCUAGAUGAAAUGAGCACAUAGGAGUGAAAAGAGGAUGCCUUGAAACUUCAGACUGAGACCGAUGCCCAUCUUAAUGACUUCUAAUUGAAGCCACUGCAUGUCUGACACUUCCACUUCUGACAUCUGUUGUCAAGAUUUUGGUGCUGCCACGACUCAUAAGGGGAGAUCAUACUAUACAAGACCUUUUUGCUAUUUUGUGGGAUCCCCCUCCCACCUGGAAUUAGUAUGAACAACUGGAAAUCCAGAGUUUUGAGGGUAUAUAUUUGUGUAGUACCAAGCCUGGGAAACAUGCAGAAACUUCUAAAUGACACAAGAGUAAAUGCACCUGCUUUAUCAUAUUUUGCAUACUUUAUCCUUCCUUUUUUAUUUUCCAUAAUAUAUUCAGGUUUGCUAGUGGAGGGGAGUUGAGGACACUGAAGCCUUCAACCAAUGAAAAUCUAAAUUCAGCUAUCUGUCUAGUUUCUGAGGUUUUGCCGGUAUAGGGGACACACUUUCAAGCAUGUCUUUAUAUCUCUAAGGGCAAGAUGCAUAAUUUGUCUUUUAAAAUGAAAGCUAAUAUUUUCAGGAAGCCGAGCUCACCAUCCGCUAUAUCCCAUCCUACACUUUUUGGGGCUGCUGUGGAAUCGCAGCACAUGCACCACUCUUGGCUAUCAUAUAGAAGUUGGAAAAGAAAGUUAAUUCAGGUUGAAGGGUCAAAUGUUGCUGAAAUAUUGAGCUUAAUAACAGCUGUACUUAGAGGUUCAAAAGCAAUGUCAUCUUAAUUUCUAAUUUGCCCGUAAGUACCGAUCAUCCAUGCCCCUUUAGGCACUGAUCACCUGUAAUUAAAGAAUUGAGCCCAGUAAGUGAGGCAAUGCUAUAGACAGGUCGAAUUUAUGGAACAUCCAUUCAUAUGGCACAAAUCAUCACUUGAUGCGUCCCAACAUUUUUUAUUCCACAAGGAAAAUGUGGCAACAGGAAUUCCUCCUUUGGCAUGCAAGUCCAAUCACCUAGCUUUCAGCUCAGGCUGUUGCCAAUGUAUCUGUUUCCCUCCAUCACUCUCUAGCAAAAUGUUCCUUUCCCCCCCUCCCCUGGUGUUUUUUUUUUCUCUUUUUGCUACUGAAGAAUUUCCCUCCCCAUGAUUCCCCUUUUGGCUUGUCUUUGAAAAUGCUGUACAUAUAAUUCUAUAUUUUUUCUCCUUUGUAACUUAUCACUGAUUUAAUAAAAAUGUAAACUUUGUCAAGUCA